ACAGAGCGCCCCCAUGUGGCCGUUCCUCGCUGCCCUCCCCGCGGCGCUGCUGCUGCUGCCCCCAGGCACCCCCGCCUCUCCCUGGGCCGCCUGGAUGCCCCCGUCCCUCUCCUCCCUCUCGGGCACCUGCGUCUCCAUCCCGUGUCGUUUCGGGUACCCCGAAGAGCUUCGCCCCGCUUCCAUCCACGGCCUCUGGUACUUCGGGAGCCCGUACCCCAAACAUUACCCCCCCGUCGUGGCCCGUUCUCGGGGGGGCCCCGUCCACGAGAGCUUCGAAGGGAGGGCGAUGCUUUUGGGGGACCCCAAUCGUCGCGACUGCUCCUUGCUGCUGGGCCCCAUAGGAGCCGAGCUGGCCGGUCGUUAUUACUUCCGGGGGGACUUGGGGGGCUACAACCAGUACAGCUUCGCCGAGCACGCUGCCCUUCAUGUGUUGGGUAUGGUGUGGGGUGAACCCACCCUCGAGCUCCCCCCGGCUCUGGUAGCCGGGCGCAUGGCGGAGUUUCGGUGCCGCGUGCCGGACAACUGCCCCCAUCUCCUGCCCCACAUCUCCUGGGACGGGACCCACGAGCUUCCCGACCUUUCCCAACGGGAAUCCCGCCUCAACGCCCACGGCGACGCCUCCCUCCUGGCCCUGCUCCGCUUCCGGCCGCGACGCCACGACGACGGGCGCCGCCUCCGCUGCCGCGUGGACUUCGACAACAGCUCCUUGGCCUUCCAGGCCUCCGUGGCGCUCGAUGUGCACUUCCCCCCACAGGUGCUGUCGGUGGAGGGCCCUCCGGAGGCCUUGGAGGGCUCGGCGGCGGCGCUGGCGUGCGUUGCCGAGGGGCGGCCGGCGCCGUUGCUCUCGUGGUUCCGUGGGGCAGCGUUGCUGCGGGAGGAGCCGGGGGCCGAGCGCCUCGAGCUGCCCCUGCCCCACCUGGCCCCCGACGACGCCGGCACCUACGUGUGCGUGGCCGAGAACCGGCACGGCAGCCACAACCGCAGCCUCGAGCUGCACGUGGCCUUCCCCCCUCGCCCCCCCUGGCUCAACGGCACCCUAUGGGUCGUGGCGGGGGAGCCGCUGUGGCUGCGCUGUGGGGCUCGGAGCCACCCGGCCCCCAUCGUGAGCCUGCUUCGAGCCGGAGCCCUGGUAGCGAGCGCUCGCUACGAGCCCGCAGUGAGCUGGGAGCUGCCCCACGCCCGCCCCAUAGAUGGGGGGCAGUACGAGUGUAGGGCGGAGAACGGGCACGGCCACAGCAGCCUCAGCUUUAACGUCACAGUGGAGACCCCCCCCGAACUCCUCCCCGACUCCCACUGCACCCCUGGCGGGGAAGGAGCUCGGUGCCUGUGCUCGGCCCGCGCCGUCCCCACGGCGUCCUUGGCCUUCGAGCUCCCGUCCCGUAACGUCACCGUGAGCGAGGGACACCGGGACUUCCGGGCCGCCCUGCCCCCGGCCCACGGCCACCGUCACGGCCAUCCGAGCCUCCGUGGGGCGCUCGAGCCCCAUCUCGUCAUCCUCUGCCGGGCCCACAACGAGCACGGCAGCGCCCGGCUGCAGCUCAGAUUCCAACAUCCAGGGGGUCUGGUUUGGGCUAAGGUGGGGCCGGUCGGGGCCGUUGUGGCCUUCGCCAUCGUCAUCGCCGUCGUGUGCUACCUCAGCCAGAGCCGCCGCAAGAAGGCGGCGGGAAGCCCAGAGGUGACCCCGGUGCAGGGGGCGGAGCCUGAGCCUGAACAGCGCCCCCUGCAGCCCCGCUGGCUGCGCGGCGCCGUCGGCCGCUGGGCGCUGGGGGUGGGGGAGGCGGGAGCCCCCCCGGACCCUGCCCCUCCCCCCAAGCCCAGCCGGGACCCCCCCGAGGAGCCCCCCGAGUAUGCGGAGAUCCGGGUCAAGUGACCCCGCCCCCCUCUGGCCACGCCCCCUCCUCCCAUUCAUCCCCAUAGA